AGGCGGAGCCGAACCACCGAGGUUGGUUGGUGGGGCACGGACGGACGGACGGACGGACGGAUAACAUCCCUCCCUUUCCCGUCUUUUGUAGUCAAGGAAGAAGAAAGAUGGCGCCUACACAUGUACUGAGAUGCUGCCAGAGGGGUCUGGCGUGGAUACCGGUGAUAUUUAUUGCCUUAGUUGUGUGCUGGUCGUAUUACGCAUACGUGGUGGAGCUGUGUAUAUUAACUAUUCCCAGCACGGGCGAAAAAUUAAUCUACCUGGUUGUGUUUCACCUGUCAUUCGUCAUGUUUGUGUGGUCGUACUGGAAAACCAUCUUUACAAGACCAGCAAACCCUUCCAAAGAGUUCUGUCUACCUAAAUCUGAGAAGGAACAGUAUGAGAAGGAACAGCGUCCAGAAACUCAACAGGAGAUACUGAAGAGAGUGGCCACUAGCCUGCCCCUCUACACCCGCACCGGGGCAGGAGCUAUCCGGUACUGUGACCGCUGCCAGGUCAUCAAGCCAGACAGAUGUCAUCAUUGUUCUGCAUGUGACAUGUGUGUACUAAAGAUGGAUCAUCACUGUCCAUGGGUAAAUAACUGUGUGGGUUUCUCCAACUACAAGUUCUUCAUCCUGUUCCUGACCUAUUCGCUUGUUUACUGCUUAUUCAUCGCAGCCUCUGUCCUCCAAUACUUCAUAAAAUUCUGGACACUUUGCCGGAGGAAAUCGGCAGAGAAUUGUCCAAAGAAUGACCUCCCAGAUUCUCACGCCAAAUUCCAUGUCUUGUUUCUCUUUUUUGUGGCGGCCAUGUUCUGCAUCAGCAUUCUUUCACUCUUCACUUACCACUUGUGGCUUGUGGGAAAAAACAGGUCCACCAUAGAAGCGUUCAGAGCCCCGGUCUUCAGAAGCGGCCCUGAUAAAAGUGGAUUUUCUCUUGGCUUCAGCAAGAACAUUGCUCAGGUGUUUGGGGACCAGAAGAAGUACUGGCUACUUCCUGUCUUUACCAGUCAAGGAGACGGCCUUUCUUUUCCGACGCGGUUGGUCACUGUUGAUCCAGAGCAGCCGACUGAAUGUCCCCAGCCUGGCGUGUUGGAUAAAGGUACUGUAGAAGGACCUGCUGAGCAAACCAGCCCUCUCAGCGACUCCCAAAACCGUCUGUUAGGCAACGAUUACCACGGUGAAGAAGAUCACAAAGAGAUAGAUGUCUUAAAGUCUGAUGAAAGUGAAGCCAUCACUAUCUCUAUUGAGAGCGAGUCAUAGCUAGGACUGAAGCUGGUGAGGGGUGAGUCCUCAGCAGUUUCGUGCCUUUGACUCCCAGUACUGUUGAGGAGAAUCACCGCCAUCAAAGCUGAUGCCUUAAACAGCGCUUUUUCUCGGAAAGCUCCUAAACACUUUCCAUUUCCCACCGCUUACGGAGCAUCCCAAAUCUGUGCUGUAAAUCAUGUCUAUAAAAUGACUCCCAUUCCCCGUUCAACUAUAGUAGCUGCACUCUUUUAACAAAGAUUUGCACGCAUGUCUUUAAGCAUCCAUCGUUUUUUGCACAGGAAACUGUUUUGUUGCUCAUAAGACAUGCUUAUUUCACUUGUGAGUUGAUACAGAUGAGACAGAUUUUUGAAACUGUUCCCCAAGUGUUUACCAGGAAAUGCACCACAUCUGGUACCAACUGCUGUUUAAGUGAAGGGAAAGUGGAAAAACUUUUUUUCUUCUGGAUCCGUACCAAGUGAACGGUCUGACUGAGCUCAUCUGGAAUCCCUUGUGCCACAGAGUUAAUGGAUGCGAUGGCUCAUUCGCACUUUUCAAUUCAUUACUAAAGAGUUUUGUUGUUUUUGGAAUAUACUUUUUUUUUUUAACUUCAUUGACAUUCGUCUAUAAGAUAUGAACACACACAUGUUCACAAAGUGCGACAGAGUGUGACCAGGCAGAGGACGCCUGCAAAAGACCCUUUUUGUGUAUUCUUAAGCUGCUCCACUUGUAUUGUGACUAUUAUUUUCUUUUGCCAGUCUUGAGAUGAUUCUGGUGUGAAAUGCUGUGUACACGUCGGCCACUUUACGUAUGCCAAAUAAAGGGCUUAUUACCAGA